AACCGUCUUCUGCGCUACUUGUUUGGACACAGCCGCGCGAAACUUCCCAAGAAAGCCGCUGCCAACCGUCCCAGCUCAGCAUCGUCGCGCACCCUUGUGCGCCCCAGCUCGGUGCCGUAAGCGCGGCGAUGAACGGCGGCCUCUACGAGGAGAGCCGCUCGAGCCUCGAGGCGCCCCAGCCGCUGCACAUCCCGGCCAAGCGGCUCUCGUACGGCCAGGCCGACUGCUCCGCCGACCCGAUGGCCGCCGGCGGCGUCAUCCGACAGUCGCCCUGGGCCUCGCCCUGGCCCGGCGCCGAGGCCGCCUUCGAGGCGCCGCACCACUACCAGCAAGGAGUGCGCGACUCGGCCAGCUACUUCUACCCCGCGGCCGCCGACCGCAAGCCGUUCAACCUGUGGCCCGCGGCCGCCAAGGGCUACGAGCUGGGCCCGACGGCCGCCGCCGACGCGUGCCAAGCCUACUCGCAGGCCUGGUGCCCGUACCCCACGGCGGCCGCGUACCCGGCGCCGCAGGCGGCCCGCGUCGUCGAGCCCAGCGCGGCCGCGUACCUCCAAGCGGCCGAAGAGCAGCAGCAGCAGCAGCACCGCGUCGUUCCGCCUCCGCCUCCACCGCCGCACCCGGCGCCGCCGCCGCCGCCGCCCCGCAGCGAUGCCUUCGCCGCGGCGUACUCGGACGGCUACGGCCUCAGGGCGGCCGCCGCGGCCGAGGCGCACGGACCGCCGCCGUACGUGCCCGUCAGCACCGUGCCUGCUGUGAGCGAGUCGCUGACGGCCAACCCGCUGGAGUGGACGGGCAACGUGACGGUGCGCAAGAAGCGUAAGCCUUACUCCAAGUUCCAGACGUUGGAACUGGAGAAGGAGUUUCUCUUCAACGCGUACGUGUCCAAGCAGAAGCGCUGGGAACUGGCGCGAAACCUCAACCUUACCGAACGCCAGGUGAAGAUCUGGUUCCAGAACCGCCGCAUGAAGAGCAAGAAGAACAGCCAGCGUCAGAACUCCGAGAACGCCGCCAACAGCCACCACAACGCCGCGGUCGUGGCGGCAAAGUAGCUGCUGGCCUGAGCAGGCCUCCUCCACCACCACCGCCACCUCAUGCAUCAUUCACAACCACCACCCUCUUUCUGCCGCACACGGAUGUCCACAGGGGGCGCGCGUUGCCUACCGCCGGCUACGCGGAGAAAACGGGGAUUUACACUGUUGCGACGAAGCCGAAGAACGUUGACUGCCUACCAAAGGGGAACGCACUAUUCUGGGAAGCUAUAAGCGGACUUAGAUCAUUUGUAACGAGACCAGGUUCAGUGUGCGCAAAGCCUGCUUAAUCGUUGACGGCAUUACCUGCCUGUCAGCCACCAUUGCUGGAGCUACAGGAACUUCAUCGUAGUCCUACAGAAAAAAGAUGCGUAUGUCUUGAUCGAAUCAUUCCCGGAGUAUGGUGCUCCGCACUCUUGAUCUUCCCGUGCACAAAUCUGUGCAUAAGAAACGAACACUUCAUCAUUGCUUAAGCCUAUAGAAACGAAACUAUGUUACAGUCGAAGAUGAUCCCCCUAUUGAAUUUUAUUGGCCGCUAGGCUUUCCAAAGCUGUCCCCAUCGUUCUCCGCUACGAACAAACCACCAGAACCGGUCCCCUGCGUGCCACCCAUCGGUCCUUCGUGAUCUGUGCCCUGGCUAGCGCCAUAUGGACGCUGUACGAGGUGCCGCCGCGCGAACGGCAGCCUAUACGCACAGGCGGCCACGGCAACCCUUCCUCCCACGUGCACCACAUAUACAGACGCCUUAGUGCGAGCACGAGUGCGCGAUCAGCCCCGCUGAGGACGGUCCACCUCGAGUCAGCGGGCGCCCGCGAGCGCAAGCGAUGAUCUCUCCCUUCUUUGGCG